GAAACGAUUUCUUACUUUCAUUCUCUUAACUUCCUUCUCACGAGUGUGCGGCUUGCUGGUGACCUUGGACAGACAACAUUCCUCUUUCACUUUUUGGGAAAUAAAAAGGGGCGUCACUGACGAGAAAGAGAAAAACAAGUUUAGUAUUAGUAUUAGAGUAACGUUACACAAAGAGUGUGAAACUUCGCCUGACUGUACCUGACUUGAUCACGUACAAGAUCCUCAAGAUGUCUCUGACGAUGUCUCAGGGUGAGGGGGUGACAGUGAUCACCUUCAGCUCAAAUCCCAACAGCAAAUGGCCGAUACUGUGUCAGAUCCUGGGCACUCUGUGUGUCAGAUCAGAGCCGGUGAAAAUGAAGAUGAUGGGAGUCUAUACAGCGCUUGGGAUUGUGCAAAUAUUAGUAGGAAUCCUCAACAUCGUGACCGGGAGUGUAUUUUUAAGCUUUGGGAUACACGAUUACAUUAUGAUGUCUGAUGUUCCAUUCUGGUUUGGCGGUGUGUUCCUUGUGGUUGGAAUCGUGUCUAUUGCUGCAGCUCAGUAUCCCAGUUAUUAUCUGUGUCUCGUCGCUGUGGUGCUGAACAAAGUCAGUGCUCUUCUGGCUAUGAUAGGCCUAGCACUGUAUUCAUGGGACUUGAUGAGCUUUCAUAAUACUCAGGACUAUAAUUAUCCAAUCUAUAAUACGAUGAUCCGUGAAGGACUGGAUGUCACUAUGAUGAUCUGUUCAGCUCUUCAGCUCUGUGUGACCCUCAGUUUCUCUGUCUUGACUUUGAAAGAAAUGUUUGAAAUGGACGAGAGUGAAAAGUCUGUGGAGGACCUUCACUUUUACCAGCCACUCAAAGAAGAUCUCUCUGUCAGUCAUGUGUGUUAGAAAGGCAACAUGUAAAAUCAAAUAUACAUUGUUAAUUGAACAAACAUUGUUAUAUGCAUGUAUAUUUUUUCUCUUUUGUGGAAUAGCAAAAAUUACAUUUUGCAAAAGCUUUUUGAAAUGACGAGAAAAAAAAAAAAACUUGGAAUUUUGAUGCAUUUAUAAAGUUUAAAAUCUUGUAUCUUCAUGUCUCAACUGAGCGUAGACAAAGCUUCUUUCAAAGCUCUUCUCAGCACCAGUCCUGGGACAUUCUGUGUUGCACGGUUUAGAGAAACAACAACAGUCGUAUCAGCUGGCAUAAAUGGAAAUAAAACAAGCCAAUGAUGUGGAACAUG